AGGCGAUUGAGGGAUUACUGAUUUCGCAAACAAAUAAUAAGUUGUAUGUUGCCCCAGUACAGGUUACCCUUGAUAAGAGUGGUCAUUCAGAUUCUGAGGGAAAAUUUUUUUCCAGUAUUUGGCCAAAUUUAAAAUCAAACUUAUCAGGCUUCGAAGACGGAUUAGAGAUAAUAUUUAUAUGGAUUACAAGCGAAAGUGAUACAGACGUGACAGUGGAAAAAAUGUCAGCAGAGAUAUCAAUCGAUAUCUAUCUUAGUUUAUAG